AUGGAAUCACUUUCAUUAAAAUUUAUUGAACCAUAUUGGUUCAAAUUUGUAGAUUAUUAUGGUGAAGACUUUCUUAUUACCUAUGGUACAUUCAUUGCCCACGAAGUCUUUUACUUUGGUUCAUUCAUUCCAUUCUUUUUAUGUGAUUUUAUGCCAUUCCUUCAAAAAUAUAAAAUCCAACCAACAAAAAAAAAUGAAUGGAAAACUCAAUUUAAUUGUAUUUUCAAAGUUUUAAUGACACAUAUUUUUGUUCAAUUACCAAUGAUGUAUAUCUUUGAUCCAGCAAUUAAAGCAAUUGGUUUAUCAGCAAGAGCACCAUUACCAUCAAUUCCUUAUUUAAUUUUCACAAUCGCAUGUUGUUUCCUUAUUGAAGAUUUCUAUUUCUAUUGGGUACAUAGAGCAUUACAUCACGGAUUUUGGUAUAAACAUAUUCAUAAGGUACAUCAUGAUCAUGCUGCACCAUUUGGUAUGACUGCUGAAUACGCUCAUCCAUUAGAAACCGUUAUUUUAGGUGUUGGUACAGUCAUUGGUCCAUUCCUUUUCUCACGUGAUCUUUUCACUCUUUGGGUUUGGUUAGGUACUCGUCUCUUCCAAACUGUUGAAUGUCAUUCAGGUUAUGAUUUCCCAUGGAAUCCAACAAAAUUAAUUCCAUUUUGGGGUGGUUCUCAUUUCCAUGAUUUCCAUCAUGAAACUUUUGUUGGUAAUUACUCUUCAACCUUUACUUAUUUAGAUAAAAUUUUUGGUACAUCUGAUAAAUAUUAUUCAAGAAAACAAAUUAGAGAUUCUAAACUUGCUGCUGGUAAAUCUGAAUAA